CUCAAAAGGAUCUGCGCGCGCGAGAAAGAGACAGAGAAAGAGAGAUGAAGAGGUUCUCCACCUCCUCUUCCUUGCGCGGCUUUUCUUUGUUGUUCACGGUAUUAGUGAUUUGGUAUGCAGAACUCAGCGAAUGCAGGAAGCAGGAGAUCGACUUCUCCCCGAGAAUCAGACUCGCUAUACGGAUCUGUUUCCGCACCUCAAGUUCGACCAGGGCUUCUAUGAAUCAUGGGGAGUCUCCAAUAUCAGGCAGUCCAACGACGGAUCUUAUGUUGAUCUCACCCUCGACAAGAACUCAGGCUCUGGCUUCACAUCUCAAGACAAAUACUACCACGGUUUCUUCAGUGCCGCUAUCAAAUUGCCUUCCUCAUACUCUGCGGGGAUCGUAGUUGCAUUAUAUAUGUCGAACGCCGAUGCUUAUCCGCAUAAUCACGAUGAGAUCGACUUCGAAUUCUUGGGGCACGUGAAGAGGAAGGAGUGGGUGUUGCAGACGAACAUAUACGGGAACGGGAGCGUGGGGGAAGGGAAGGAAGAGAGGUUUCACCUGUGGUUCGACCCUUCCCAGCAGUUCCACCAAUACAGCAUCCUCUGGAACGACCACCACAUCGUGUUCUUCGUUGACAACAUAGCAAUAAGAGAGGUGAACCACAGCCAAGGCAUCGGCGGUGCCUACGCCGCCAAGCCCAUGUCCGUGUGCUCCACAAUAUGGGAUGGCUCCAAAUGGGCCACAAACGGCGGCCGGGACGGUGUGAACUACAAGUACGCACCAUUCGUGGCCUCGUUCACGGGUCUUGAGCUGGUAGGCUGUGUCUGGAACCAGUCCCAGUCGGCGGCGGCGUGCAGUGGGCGCGGCGACGGCUCGGGCAUCGACCCGAUCAACGGCGGCGACUUUGUCCGGCUGUCGGACCAGCAGAGGACGGGGAUGGAGUGGGCCAGGAAGAAGUACAUGUCCUACUCUUACUGCCAGGACCCGAACCGUUUCACGGUGAUGCCGCCGGAGUGCAAGUAUCAGAGGGAGGUGGGUUUCUUGGAGGAUGGAGCCGACGAUAGCUGGAUGAACGAUAUCACCAUGAUGCCGCCGCUCCCCAAGCAUGGUAGCUCUAAGAAGGGACACUGAUCUCCGAGCACCUCAUGUUAUGUCACUAAUGGGGAAUUUUAGUAAGAGAAAAUUUCACACGCUGGUCCCAAUUGUAGAGACCAGGGAGAGUAGCACAAAACUCAUCGCAUAUUGUAAGUUAAAUAUGAAGAACGGACAUGCCAACUAAGUUUAAUAAAUGAAUGCUAUGCAUAGUUGUCGUUUUUUCA